CCCUCUUGGACCCCUUCGAGGCCCCAGGGGUUUCCACUCCAGCCCACCUCCAGGGCCCCAAAGAGGGGAGGGGCUGUGAUCCUGGGUCUGGAAGGGGCUGAGCUGUGAGCUAUAAAGGGGGCAUCUCUCAGCACCCGGGGACUAUAGGCAGCGUGACCUGAAGCCAGAAGGGACUACAACAUGUACCAUCCACGAGAGUUGUACCCCUCCUUGGGGACCGGCUACCGUCUGGGCCCCCCCCAGCCGGGUGGGGACUCCGGCUUCCCUCCUGCCCUGGCAGAGGGCUACCGCUACCCGGAUCUGGAUACCCCUAAACUGGAUUGCUUCCUGUCUGGGAUUGAGGCUGGUCCCCGCACCCUUGCUGCACCCCCACCUCUGCCCCUACUACCCCCUACCCUGAGUACUGAGCCAGCCCCACCAGCUGCAGAGGCCCUUCACUCGCUCCCGGGGGUCAGCCUGAGCCUGGAGAACCAGGAGCUGUGGAAGGAGUUCAGCGCUGUGGGGACAGAGAUGAUCAUCACCAAAGCCGGCAGGCGCAUGUUCCCUGCUUGCCGAGUGUCAGUCACUGGCCUGGACCCCGAGGCCCGCUACCUGUUUCUUCUGGAUGUGGUUCCAGUGGAUGGGGCUCGCUACCGCUGGCAGGGCCGGCACUGGGAGCCCAGCGGCAAGGCAGAGCCCCGCCUACCCGAUCGUGUCUAUAUUCACCCUGACUCUCCUGCCACUGGUGCCCACUGGAUGCGGCAGCCUGUGUCCUUCCAUCGUGUCAAGCUCACCAAUAGCACCCUGGACCCCCAUGGCCACCUGAUCUUGCACUCCAUGCAUAAGUAUCAGCCCCGCAUUCACCUGGUGCGAGCUGCCCAGCUCUGCAGUCAGCACUGGGGGGGCGUGGCCUCCUUUCGCUUCCCUGAGACCACAUUCAUCUCUGUGACAGCCUACCAGAACCCACGGAUCACACAACUCAAGAUUGCAGCCAAUCCCUUUGCCAAAGGCUUCCGGGAAAACGGCAGAAACUGCAAGAGGGAGCGAGAUGCCCGUGUGAAGAGGAAACUUCGAGGCCCAGAGCCAGUAGCCACAGAGGCCUAUGGGAGUGGAGAUACACCAGGGGGUCCCUGUGACUCCACCCUGGGUGGGGACGUUCGUGAGUCAGAUCCAGAGCAGGCCUCAGCCCCCAGGGAAGCUGUCCCUGCCCCAGCUCCUCCAUGUGGUGGUCCCAGUGCGGAGGCCUAUCUCCUGCACCCCGCAGCGUUCCAUGGGGCCCCCAAUCACCUACCAGCCAGGAACCCCAGCUUCCCUGAGGCUCCAGACUCUGGGCGCCCAGCCCCGUACUCGGCUGCAUUUUUGGAGCUGCAGCCUGGGCCAGGGGGCUCAGGGUACCCAGCAGCUCCACCUGCAGCAUCCUUUGCCCCACACUUCCUCCAAGGGGGCCCCUUCCCCUUACCAUACCCAGGGCCUGGGGGAUACCUGGAUGUGGGUUCCAAACCAAUGUACUGAGCAGGGCCCUCUGCCUCAUCUUCCAUCACCAUCUCCAGUUCCCUUCCCCCAGCACUGUAGCCCCCUCAUUCCACUGUCCCCAUCCCCCACACCAAAUGGCUGCCUUGGGCCUGUCCCCCACCCCACUUCACACCUUGAUUUCAUUCCCACCCCCUCUGGCUUCAAAGCCCCAGCCAGGCUGCUGGAGUCCAGCUGGGGCCAGCUUCCCCUUCCCGGCUCUCACCUUGGUGUGAAUGGAAUGAGGCUCUGCCUGGCCAAAUGGGGACAGCCCAGCAUCUCCACCUCCUGUGCACCCCCCCUUGCCACCACUGCAAGCCACACCAGUCUGUUCUCAGGACCAGAGUAUUUUUGUUAAUAAAAGUCAAAAAGACA